UGUAUAAAUUUAUUAAAUUAGCGGGUUUAUAUUUACAGCCGAAUCUUUUCGAAACAGCCGGCGAUAAUGAAGCGCAAAUUAGUCUGGAUCGCAACUUAUGUUCAUUCCUCAAUUUCGUCUGUCUAACUAUGGGUUACAGAUGCCUAGCUGGCUUCUGAUUCAUCACUUCUUCGAAUGCAGGCCCCAAAAACGGAAGUCAUGCCCCUUUUUGGAGUCUGUUUCAAACUCAAAGCGCAUUCCGCAGUCGGGUCGAGUUUGUUUGUUAAUUGCUUUGUUUUACUUCUAGAAAAUCGCGGUAUUUAACACUUCCUGAGUCAGACGGCCACAUUUUCACGACGAAUUGAUUAGGCGCCGCAUGAGCCACUGCGGUUGGAUAUUUAUAAAGCCUGAUCCGUAUUUUUAGACGCCGUUCCAUUUGCGUGUCUAUGCUGAUUUAUGAUAAAAUAACAAAAUCACCGAGUUUCGUUACAACGACAUUCGAGGUCUGGAUUUAGAUUUAGCGUGUGACCACACAAAAAUUACCACCCAGCGACCACAGCGCCUGGUACACAUAUUACUCAUACGCCCAGUGCGCCGCGAACCUUUCCAGCCGCAAGCAAAAUGCCAAAAGCCCCUAAUAGCUUUCGUCCGAUCGCACACCGACGUCAGAGCGCCCAGCAUCAAAAUCUAGAUUAUUCACUUUAAUUGAUCCAAGCCGAAACAAAAUAGUCGCAGACAAUGACAGAAUUCCGGGGGACCGUAUCUUUCCGCAUUGUAAAAACUUUUCCGAACCAAACUGGAUCCCCGCUAAGCGAAACAGUGCAACCGGCAAUUAGAGCCUUUGUCUUUGCCCAAUCCCGUGGAGAUGAGACCGGGUUCAAGUCACAGACACCGCGCAUGCUCAAAACAAAACCCAGUCCGUCAACCGAAGAGAGUUUGGAUACAUUCGCAAACGCAAAAAUAUCGUUGCGUUUCCUUCGGACUUGCGUCAAAGCCGGAGCAUCGGCUCGGCCCGAAAACAAAAUUUCACAUUUGGGUGCGAAUGUGCUGGCCGGUGCGUAUAUAAGGAAAGGGUUCUUCACACCAUAGCAUACAGAACUCGCCAGACGUUCAAAGCAUUCGGAGCAGCCAGACAGAAAUCAAAGGAUAAUCCCAAAACAGCCCAACCAGGAUUUACCAAAUCAAAACUAGUUUCAACCGAACCAAUCCCAGCACAAUGGAUCUUAAGCAAUUGUACUCGUGCAUCUGCCUGCUGAUCAGCAUCAUCAUCUGCAAAGUGUCCGAAGCCAAGCCCACCUACUACGACCUGGAUAGCUACGAGACCUACGACACCGAUCGCUAUGACAGCUAUGGCGGCUCUUCGUACGCCCUGAGCUAUGGGAAACCGCUCACGGACAACCGCCUGAAGAAGCUGAGUCCGGGCUACUACUACGUUGACGAUGGGUACAUCGCCCCGGUGGCCUCCAAUGCUGGCUACACUCGCCGCGAGGGCUCCAGCGCCUCCGAUAGAGACUCCUUGCCCCACAAUGUCAAGUUCACUCCCAUCGUGCGCGUGCGCCAGACCAAGACCAAGCGCAAGAAGCUCUUCGUGCCCAACUUCUUCGGCUAGAGGGGCUUUUACCUGUUCUCCUCCUGCCGGGAUUGAGACUACAGACUGAGGAUGAUAGCAUAGGAUUAGCAUUAGCAUUAGUCGCGUGGCUCCCACACCAAAAAGUACCUUAUACCUACAUGUACGUUUACCUAUUUUAUACUCGGUCACACGUUUGGCCAAAUUAUAUUUAUAUACGCAAAGCUCCUAAAUAAAAAUAUUCAAAUGUUGAAAACAUA